GUAAAAAGCAAGAUGGCCACGGAUACUGUGGUUGCUAUGAAGCCAGGGAGGGGUAGGCCGUGACACCAACACAAGCUGGAGCGGGUACUCAGCUGAAGAAAUAUGCAGUGGAGCAACCGUAAUACAAACUGCCUACAAAGCACAAAUGAUGAGGGCACCCCUCUCCAUUAGGCCAACAAUGCCUCAAGUGUGUGAACCUAGAGUGAGAAUCAGAGACACUUUGGCCACCGCCUCGCAGCUUACCACUGCUGGUAAAAUUCUGAGCAGCCACCGUUCUGUUAGCCAAGAACGCCAAGGUUCAGCCUAUGCUACUACUUUGUUCAGCAAUGGCCCAUCUUCUGCUCCCAAGCUGCGUCCACUGCCUCCCAGGCCCACAUUGGAUGAGAAAGGAAAGACAGAGCGAGGCCGCAGUGCAAACCGUGCAGAAACUUCUCGUUCUUCUAUGAGCAAACGAGGGCCAAUAAAGGCUGAUCAUAUGCUUGGAGUUACUAGCUCAGCUCCAGUCAAUAAACCUCCAUCUCAGCCCCGGGACAGCAGGGUCAGCAGUCUCUCCCGGUCAAAAUCCGUAAGCCAUGGAGAUCUGAGCUUGAGUGGAGACAGGACUGAGGAUGUCACUAAAGGGUUGGCUAGGGUGGUUGUGAGGGAACGCAGUGCCUCUUCCAGCAGGAAAUCUUCAGUGGAUACCUCCAUCCUGAGAAGAAGCAGCUCUUUAAAGAGACUCAAUGUGCUGCCAGUAUUAGACAAGCAGCAAAAACCCAUCGAUACACCCCUGCCGUCCUCUCGGGUUGAUGGUGGCACUAAGCUAUCACCCCUUAAAUGCCAGGAGAAAAUAAAUCACCAGCCCCCACAUUCAUCGUGUUCUCUUGCCAACAAAGACCCUAUUGUGAAUGGAAUCCUAACUCAAGAGAAAAUCUCAUCUGUCGCUUCCCCUCCUCCACGGAUUCCUGUACUUGGCUCCGGACGUGUCGGACUCCGGAAUUUAGGUAACACGUGUUUUAUGAACGCUGUACUUCAGUGUCUGAGCAGCACCAAGCCUUUGAGGGAUUACAUCCUACGUCAGGAGUAUCGCCAGGAGCAGCCGAACACUUGCAGGGCCCAACAAGAGCUCACAGAGGCCUUUGCAGAUGUUCUUGCCUCUUUGUGGAGCCCAGAUCCUCCUGAUGCAGUAAACCCAACACGGCUGAAAGCAGUCUUCCAGAAGUAUGUCCCCUCAUUCACUGGCUACAGCCAGCAAGAUGCACAGGAAUUCCUCAAGUUUUUUAUGGAUCGGAUUCAUGUUGAAAUCAAUAGAAAGAAUAGGAAAACUCCCAGCAUCCUUUCUGACGUCAAGCGCUCUGUGACUCUGGAACACCAAGAUUCUCUUAGUGAUGAUGAACGAGCCAAUCAGAUGUGGAAACGUUACCUAGAGAGAGAAGAUAGCAAAAUAGUAGAUCUAUUUGUGGGACAACUGAAAAGCUGCCUUAAGUGUCAAUCCUGUGGGUACCGAUCCCCCACAUUUGAGGUCUUUUGUGAUCUGUCUCUUCCCAUUCCCAAGAAAGGAUUCACCAGCGGGAAGGUCUCGCUUCUUGACUGCUUCACUCUCUUUACUAAAGAGGAGGAACUAAAUUCUGAGAAUGCCCCUAUCUGUGAUCGAUGUAGACAGAGAACAAAAAGUACCAAAAAACUAACCAUACAACGGUUUCCACGCAUUCUUGUCCUACAUCUGAAUAGAUUUUCUACUACAAGGUUUUCAAUCAAAAAAUGUUCUGUCUUUGUGGACUUUCCUCUGCACAGGCUCAACCUUAAGGAGUUUGCCAGUGAGAAAGCCGGAAGCCCUGUGUAUAACCUGUACGCAUCGUGCAAUCACUCGGGAAGUGUGCAUUAUGGCCAUUACACAGCUUAUUGCAAAGAUGACUCUAGUUGGCACACUUUUAAUGACUCCAGAGUAUCCUCAGUCGGUGAAAGUCACAUUCAGUCCAGUGAAGGUUAUGUGCUUUUCUAUGAACUAGAAGAUGCAUCAUGGAAAAAAUAGGCUCAUUUGGAAAUGUCCAUUUCUAUUUGGGAUCAGGGUUCCAAGAUCAGCUCAUGUCACUCUUAUCCAAGGCCUGUAUCCUCUGGAGUCACAUGGUCAUUACAGGCCUAACAUGUUUUUACCAAAAAGAUCACUGUGAAGCUAAAGCAAUAAAGACUGAGUUAAACUCAUAUUGGAUGGAGAAGAUCUAAUAAAGACACUUUUUACAUGUUUUUCCUGUGAUAUCCUGCACUGAUUGCGAACAGUUCAUGAAAGAAUGUCUCUCUAUGGACUGAGAUCUUCAGAUUAUACAUGUUCCGUGGACAAAACAGAUCUGUGAAACAAAGGUCCUGCCACCUGUGUUCAUAUUUCUUUAUGCCUGUCUUAUUUUUGAUGGACUUGUCUUUACAAUCUAAGUCCUUCUAUAUUAAUUUAUACUGUAGUUCUACUUGAGCAAUACAUUUUAAAUAUAUUUUCAGACAACCACCACAUUUCAGAGAGCAACACAGACUUUUAUUAAAACUGAAUUUAAAAUAUAAAGAAAGCUGUUAAUUAUUUUUGAAAACAAAAUGGUUUGUAUAUACAGAUUAAAGAUGUUGUUUUUGUAAAUACAUGAUGAAGGAAUUCUAAAUAUAUUAACUUUUAACAUUAAAUUUUUUUACAAAACUG